GAACAAGAAGAGUUGCAGAACACACAAUGGGAGCUAUGGCUCCGCCUCCUCAUUGGAUUCCUGAAGACGACGUUUUGCUUAAAAACGCCGUUGAGGGAAUGGGAUUGACAUCAUGAUGAAGUGAAGGGCGGUGAAGUUAGUUGGCAAAUGCAUGGUGUCCUGAAACGUAACACAAUGACAGGAAGUCUUUCGUUGCAUAAUUGCAUUUCCAGCUGGUGCUUCAUUGGAAUCUCUUGCUAAAGGUGCCGUGCAAUUUUCUCGGAGAUACAGUGUUCAGGAACUGCAAGAUCGCUGGUAUUCACUUCUCUAUGAUCCAGUUGUUUCUGAAGAGGCCUCAGCUCACAUGAUUGAGGUUGAGCGUUUUGCGUUCACGAAUCAAUCAAGACCUAAUAAAUCAGAAAGUGUAAAAGAGAUAACAUGCAGUUCAGGGAAGAGAAGAGCUGAAAGUAUCCGGAAAUGUUAUUAUUCUAUGCGGAAAAGAAUUUGUAACGAACCAUUUGACAUGAUGGGUAUUAAUCUUCUUUCUGGGCCUAGUAAUUCUAAUUUUGGAGAUGGUAAUGAACUCUCAUCUGCAGAUUGCGGAAUUGGUAAUCUAGUUUCAAAUAAUUUGGGAAUUCAAGGCGCAGACUUUAACAUCAGGCAUCGCCCCUUUUCUGAAUUUGGGCCUCGUGCUGCCGAGUCCACUGGUGAUGGUGUUACACCCUCUUUCAACACUGGUCAAAAUCAUGGCCAAGAUCUUCACCUCGAUGGGAAAAGUGUGUCUCACAACCUUUCUUAUCCUUAUGAAGAGGACAUUUCUCUCACUAGGGAACAAAAUGAGGUUCCUGGAUUUGGCCAGUCAAAAGAAUUGCCUCUCUGUAAUUUGUUUGAUGCUGAGGGUUUAGAGAAUGAAGGUAAUGCAUGUUCAGAAUUUGGAGGUCCGCCCUUCCAUACAUUUGGGUGUUCAUCUCCUCUGCCUCAAAUGCCAAUUUGGAGUACUUCCGCAGAUAUUUCUGCCACACAUCUGCCCAUUGAACUUGGAGAGAAAGACCAAAAUGCAGAAGAAACAUUUAUAAUUCCCCAGGUUGGUGAUGCAAAUGAGACAGAAGCAUUAAGAUAUAGUGGCACCCGCUCGAACUCCAACUUGAAAACUUCACUCUCUUGUGAUAGCAUGAUUGAUAUGACUCCUAGCACAGAAGACUAUUUUGCAGAAUUGUCUAAUACUUUGUUUGACUUUACGAAUGAGGACGAGCUACUUUUCGUGGAUACUGAUGGAAAGGAAACUAUAGACAAGUCCUAUUUUGAUGGUUUGAGUUCACUUUUGUUGGAUUCUCCCAAUCAGAGUGAGUUGCCUAAUGUUGGUUUAGGUGAGGCUGCUGUAGCUACCGAUGGACAUUUUGUUGGAAUAAGUGGUGGACAUCCUGCGGAGGUAGAUGACAAGUGUUCUCAUGUUUGUUAUCAGCAUAAAGUUCCUGAAGUUCAAGUAGCAUCUUCUGUGUCAGCUGUGAAAGGUUUUGGUCCUGAAUAUCGUAAUGGAGUCAUUUGUUGCACGUUAAAUACCGAGGACCCAGAAAUACCUAGCAAUGAUGAUGUUUUUCUUCCUUUUAGAUUUCCUUCACCGUCUAAUUCCUCAGGGGGGUCCCACUGGGGUUUGCACGACCCAAGUUACCUUGUGUCCUCAUCAGUUAAGGAUUUCUCAAGUACUAGAAAACCAAAUGGAGGACCUCCUACCAUGAAAAACAGCCAAAAAGAUCCAUGUGUGCCUUCUCGUCUGAUAGGAUCAUCACAGCUGUCAAAUAUGGGUUUAAAAUAUCCAAUUGGAGAUCAUGGAGUUAAAUUUGAGUUGCCUAAAAGUAGUAUCCAGCAAGCAGCACUCAGAAAUGUUAGAAAUAGUGAAUGCUCAAAUCACAUCACUUCAGCAAAUACAAGUGCAAACAAUUUCAUUGGUGGAGGUCUUAAGGGAGGUGUCACGGAGAUGGAGCGCGGAAAGAAUCUUGAUAACAAAUCUAUAGGUGCUAGCCUAGAUAAGCAUCUCCAUGGUCCGGACAUUCUUCAAGCUUUUCAAAAGAGUGCUACUGGCAUUAGAAAUGGCUAUGAUGCCAAAGCAGAAAUUCCAAACAAUGGAUCAUCAAAUAUUGACAGGAGUUGCCUAAACACACCUGUGCCGAAGCCAAUUGAGACAUCUCUGCCAUCAGACCAGGAAGAGCUGUGGUCUGAGGAUGAUUUUGACGUGCCUUGUUUUUCUGAUGUUGAAGCAAUGAUCCUAGAUAUGGAUUUGAGUCCAGAUGAAUUUGAUUUGUACACCAAUCCAGAAGUCCAGAGAUAUCAACAUGAAGAAACUAAGAGAACAAUCAUAAGGCUGGAGCAGUCAGCUCAUGCUUGCACGCAAAGAGCCAUUGCUGCUCAAGGUGCACUUGCUGUUCUAUGUGGCCGCUGCUCGAAACAUUUUAUAAAGAAACCUGAGGUUUUACUAGGCAGGGCAACUGAAGAUUUAAAAGUCGACAUUGACUUGGGAAGAGAAAAACAUGGUGGUAAAAUUUCUCGACGACAGGCUAUUAUCAAGAUGGACAUGUAUGGAAUGUUCCAUUUGAAGAACCUGGGAAAAAGCUCAAUUUAUGUCAAUGGCAAAGAAGUAGGAACUGGACAGAGGCUAAGCCUUACGUCAGGCUGUCUUAUAGAGGUGAGGGGAUUGGCAUUUGUAUUUGAGACAAAUCAUAAACGUGUAAAGCAGUACGUGGAUAGCAUUGCAGAAGGAACCUCUUUGAUGGAACACAAACCUAACAGGAGUUGAACAAGUCCGGUUGAAGUUGAGGAAGUUGCUACUUUUACCUCAGCACUUCCUCCAGUCAGUCAUCUAUGGCUUUGGUCGGUGUAUGAACAGGGCCUCAGGAGUACGUUUUCCUUGUUUCAGUCUUAGGAAGACUAACAUCUCUGUUCUUCUAACAUCAAUGUUUUCACUAGAAGACUACAUCUAUUUAGGCUAACUACAUUUGUUCUUUUACUAGAAAGCUGCACAGUUUUAAUUUUCUCAUGCAACGGAAUCCUACAUACAAGUUUGACAAUGGCAUGAUAUGUAUAUAUUUGAUGUUUA